AUGGGGGAUGUGAAACUGGUGUCAUCGACUCGUAUUUCCAAAACCUCUGUGACGCUGGAGCACUCAUCUCUCAGCCCCUCUGUCCCAACAGAAGCACCAGCAUUCAUUCUUCCUCCUAGGAAUAUCCGGGUGCUGCUGGGAGGCACGGCCAGAUUUGAGGGGAAGGUCAGGGGCUAUCCAGAACCUAAGAUCACAUGGUACAGAAAUGGACUUCCCAUCACAGAGGGAGAGUAUUACGUAGUGGACCGCAGCAUUCGAGGGAUUUUCAGCUUAGUGAUCAAAAAUGUGCAAGAGGAAGAUGGUGGUAAAUACACUUGUGAGGCUGCAAAUGAUGGUGGAGUUCGCCAGGUGACAGUGGAGCUAACUGUGGAAGGAAACUCCUUGAAGAAAUACAGCCUGCCAUCCAGUGCCAAAACCCUUGGGGGCAGAUUUUCUGUUCCGUCAGUGGAGAACAGGCCAAGCAUCUGGGGAGAAAGUCCACCAAAGUUUGCUACGAAACCCAACAGAGUCAUCGUGCGUGAAGGCCAGACAGGCAAAUUCUCCUGUAAAAUAACAGGACGACCACAGCCUCAAAUAACUUGGUUUAAGGGUGAUAUUCAGUUGCAGCAAAAAGAUCGUUUCAACAUGUUUGAGAAAUCAGGCAUCCAGUUCUUGGAAAUCCAAAAUGUUCAUCUGGCUGAUGCUGGAAGUUAUACUUGUACCGUGAUGAAUAGCGCUGGGAAGGCAUCCGUGUCUGCAGAACUCAUGGUUCAAGGUUCAGAUAAGACAGACCUGUAUGUUCACCCAUUAUGCACUCCAACAAAAUCAACUUCCACUGCAACCAAAGCUAUUGAAAAUUCAGAAUUCAAACUGGCAACUAGCAAUGGGAUUGCUAAGGAACUGAAAUCCAGCAGCACUGGCCUCACAGUUGAAACCAAAGAGAGGACAGCAGUUAAGAAAGAGGCCUCUUCUAUCUCCUCCAAAGAAGCCAAGGACAAUAGACAACGACAGCUCAGAGAAACCAACACAGAACCUGCUCAGGAACCUAAAGGAGAAGCGAGGGGAUCUCAGGGCCUACAGAAAACUUCCAGCACCAUAACACUGCAAGCUAUUAAAGUGCAACGAGAACCAAAGGCAGAAUCCACGGCCACUUCUACUGGACAGGAUGAGGACAGGAAAGGGGCCACACAGCCCCUGACGACAACUCGACAAACUGCGUCUCUCAUCAGACAAGCUGGUCCAAGGAGUAGGGAAGCAGAAAACAGAGUUGGAACAAGGAAGAGCACAACAGAGCAGAAGAGGGAGCCUCAGGGAGUCCCUCCACAGUUUGAGAGCCGUCCACAAAGCCAGGAAGUAUUAGAAGGCCAGGAGGUCAAAUUCAAAAGCAAAGUUUCAGGGAAACCAAAACCAGAUGUGGAAUGGUUCAAAGAGGGAGCCCCUGUAAAAGGAAAAGAUGGCAUCCAAAUAUAUGAAGAGGAUGGAAUUCAUUGCUUGUGCUUGAUGAAAACCCACUUGGGAGACAGUGGAUCCUAUAGCUGUACAGCCUUCAACCCCAGGGGUCGAACUUCCACCAGCUGGGUGUUAAGUGUAAAAAGGCCUAAAGUUGAAGAGAUUGCGCCGAGGUUUUCCAGUGUCUUGAAGGGAUGUACAGUGAGUGAAGGGCAAGAUUUCGUGCUGCAGUGUUCUGUGGAAGGUACACCUGUGCCUCAGAUCACCUGGCUCCUCAACGAUGAACCAAUUCAGUAUGCCCAUUCCAUCUUCGAAGAUGGGGUUGCAAAGUUGACUGUACAAGAUGCUUUACCAGAAGAUGAUGGUGUUUAUACCUGUCUGGCAGAAAACAGCACAGGACGGGCAUCCUGCAGUGCUCAAGUCACUGUCAAAGAAAAGAAAAGCAGCAAGAAAGUGGAAAGCACACAGUCUGUCCAGACUAACAAGACCUUUGCACCAGUCUUCCUUAAAGGCCUGACUGACCUCAAGGUAAUGGAUGGAAGCCAAGUAAUAAUGACCGUGGAAGUAUCAGCUAACCCACCUCCUGAAAUUAUCUGGCUGCACAAUGGGAAAGAAAUCCAAGAGACAGAAGACUUUCACUUUGAAAAGAAAGGCAAUGAAUACAGCCUGUACAUCCAGGAGGUAUUCCCUGAGGACACGGGCAAAUAUACCUGCGAAGCAUGGAAUGACUUAGGAGAAACUCAGACCCAAGCAACUUUGACUGUACAAGAACCUCAGGACGGUAUUCAACCCUGGUUCAUUAGCAAACCACGAUCAGUGACAGCGGCUCCUGGACAGAAUGUCCUUAUUUCCUGUGCCAUCGCUGGAGACCCUUUCCCCACAGUUCACUGGUUUAAAGAUGGGCAGGAAAUAAUGCCGGGAGCAGGGUGUGAGAUCCUGCAAAACGAGGAUAUCUUCACGCUGAUCAUGAGGAAUGUGCAGCGCCGUCAGGCUGGACAGUAUGAAAUCCAGCUCAGGAACCAAGUUGGAGAAUGCAGCUGCCAGGUGUCUCUGAUGCUGAGAGAAAGUUCAGUUUCCGGAGGAGAACUGCACAGAGAUGGUAGGGAACCAGCCAGCUCUGGAGAACGAAGAGAUGGUGGUGAUCAUGGUGCACUAACGUUCGGCAGAAUCAGUGGCUUCAGAAAGAGUGGUGGUGACACCAGACCAGCUGAGGAGGAGCAGGAAGACGUUCGAGGGGUACUCAAAAGACGAGUGGAAACCCGGGAGCACACGGAAGAGAGGCUCCGGCAGCAGGAAGCAGAGCAGCUUGAUUUCCGUGACAUUUUGGGGAAGAAAGUCAACACUAAAAGCUUUUCUGAGGAGGAGCUGAAAGAAAUCCCAGCUGAGCAAAUGGACUUCCGCGCUAACCUGCAGCGGCAGGUCAAGCCCAAGACCUUGUCGGAGGAGGAAAGGAAAGUUCACAGCCCUCAGCAGGUGGACUUCCGCGCGGUGCUGGCCAAGAAGGGCACCCCCAAAGUCUCCUUGCCGGAGAAGGUGCCACCCCCUAAACCAGCCACCCCAGAUUUCAGAUCUGUGCUUGGCUCGAAGAAGAAGCCACCAGCUGAGAAUGGCAGCACCAAUACCCAAGCUCAGGACACCAGCACCAAUUCUGUGGCUCAAAAUGCCAGCACCAACUCUGAAGCUCAGCAUGCCAAACCCGAGGUGAAAGAGGAGGAGAAGAAUGACACAAACUGUGCACAUGGGUGCUCGAUGGUAGAUGGUGGAAUAAUUGAGAAGAAAGUUGACAGCAAAGGAAUGGCACCAUCAUUUACAGAGAAGCUCCAGGAUACUCAUGUAGUGGAUGGUGAAAAAUUAGUGUUACAAUGUCGGAUUUCCUCUGAUCCCCCUGCAGCUGUCACCUGGACUCUAGACGGCAAAGCCAUCAAAUCAUCAAAGUUCAUUGUCCUCUCUCAAGAAGGGUCACUGUGCUCACUCACCAUUGACAAGGCCUUUCCUGAAGAUGUGGGCCAGUACAAAUGCAUAGCUGAGAAUGCAGCAGGGAGAGCUGAAUGUGCUUGCAAAGUGUUGGUGGAUGAUCCCUCACCUACAAAGACCCCAAAGUCUGCUGAGAAGAAGACCAAAAAGCCAAAGAGCUCGCUUCCCCCUGUACUCGCAACAGAGAGUAAGUGGUGUAGUGAAGCAACAGUGAAAAAGAAACCACCUCCAAAGACCCCCCCGAAGGCAGUUCUUCCCCCUCAGAUCAUUCAGUUUCCAGAAGACAGAAAAAUCCGUGCUGGUGAAUCAGUGGAACUGUUUUGCAAAGUAGUAGGAACGCCACCCUUAACUUGCACCUGGAUGAAAUUCCGAAAGCAGAUUCAAGAAAAUGAACACAUCAAAAUUGAGAAUGCUGAAAACAGUAGUAAGCUAACUAUAUCCUCAACGAAGCAGGAACAUUGUGGAUGUUACACUUUAGUGGUAGAAAACAAAGUGGGCAGCAGACAAGCACAAGUCAACCUCACAGUUGUCGAUAAACCUGAUCCCCCAGCCAGAAAACCCUGUGCCUCGGACAUACAAAGUUCUUCCCUCACUCUCUCUUGGUAUGGCUCUUCUUACGAUGGUGGAAGCGCUGUGCAGUCCUACACUGUGGAAACCUGGAACUCAGUGGAUAACAAAUGGACAGAUCUCACUACUUGCCGGAGCACUUCUUACAAUGUCAAGUCCCUGCUGGCUGACCGGGAGUACAAAUUCCGGGUGCGAGCUGCUAAUGUGUAUGGCAUAAGUGAGCCCAGUCAAGAAUCAGAACUGGUAAAAGUAGGAGAGAAACAAGAAGCUGAGCCUAAAGAUGAAGCUGAGCUAUCCGAUGAUGAAGAGAAAGAAACAGAGGUUGACUAUCGGACAGUUACUAUAAAUAAAGAACAAAAAGUUGCGGAGUUCUACAAUAUUGAAGAAAGAUUGGGAUCGGGGAAAUUUGGACAAGUCUUUAAACUUGUUGAGAAGAAAACUGGAAAAGUUUGGGCAGGAAAAUUUUUCAAAGCAUAUUCAGCUAAGGAUAAAGAAAAUAUAAGGCAGGAAAUCGGCAUCAUGAACUGUCUACAUCAUCCAAAACUUGUCCAGUGUGUAGAUGCCUUUGAAGAAAAAGCCAACAUCGUCAUGGUCUUGGAAAUUGUUUCUGGAGGAGAACUCUUUGAACGAAUCAUCGAUGAGGACUUUGAACUGACAGAGAGAGAGUGUAUUAAAUACAUGAGGCAGAUAUCGGAAGGAGUUCAGUAUAUCCAUAAGCAGGGUAUUGUCCAUUUGGACUUGAAGCCGGAAAACAUUAUGUGUGUCAACAAGACUGGGGCAAGGAUCAAACUCAUUGACUUUGGACUUGCAAGAAGAUUAGAAAGUACAGGUUCUCUGAAAGUUCUCUUUGGGACACCUGAGUUUGUGGCUCCAGAAGUUAUAAACUAUGAACCUAUUGGAUAUGCCACAGAUAUGUGGAGUAUAGGAGUUAUCUGCUACAUCUUGGUCAGUGGACUUUCUCCUUUCAUGGGAGACAAUGACAAUGAAACUUUAGCCAAUGUUACCUCAGCAACCUGGGACUUUGAUGAUGAAGCUUUUGAUGAAAUCUCUGAUGAUGCCAAGGACUUUAUCAGCAAUCUGCUAAAGAAGGAUAUGAAGAGCCGCUUAGAUUGUACUCAAUGUCUUCAGCAUCCUUGGCUGCAAAAAGACACCAAAAACAUGGAAGCCAAAAAACUUUCCAAAGAUAGGAUGAAGAAAUAUAUGGCCAGAAGAAAAUGGCAGAAAACAGGUCAUGCUGUCCGAGCCAUAGGGAGACUAUCCUCCAUGGCAAUGAUUUCUGGUCUGAGUGGAAGGAAGUCCUCUACAAGCUCACCUACCAGUCCUGUAAAUACAGAUAAAGUAGACCUGGAUGAUGAUGCUGCCAGGGCUUUCCUUGAAGCAGUGGCAGAGGAAAAACCCCAUGUAAAGCCAUAUUUUACUAAAACAAUCCUGGACAUAGAAGUUGUGGAAGGAAGUGCUGCUAGAUUUGACUGCAAAAUUGAAGGCUACCCUGACCCUGAGGUAAUCUGGUACAAAGAUGACCAAUCUAUUAAAGAGUCUCGUCACUUCCAGAUAGAUUAUGAUGAGGAUGGGAACUGUUCUUUGACUAUUUCUGAAGUUUGUGGGGACGAUGAUGCCAAAUACACCUGCAAAGCUGUUAAUAGCCUUGGGGAAGCAACUUGUACCGCAGAACUCCUUGUGGAAACAAUGGGAAAAGAGGAGGAGGAGGAGGAGGAAGAAUGA